AUGCCCAGCCCCUCCCCUGACAGCAGCUUCCCCAUAAAGGAAAGAAGCAGGCGUGCUGUGUUUCAGGUCGGGGAGCGCCUGGGGCGGUUCGAGGUGGAGAAGCGCUGUGCCGUGGAGAAGGAGGACUACGACCUGGCCAAGGAGAAGAAGCAGCAGAUGGAACGCUACCGCGGCCGGGCCUACGCGCGGCUGCAGCUGCACGGCCUGCUGGACGCCGAGCUGAUGCGAAGGCCUCUUGGUUUGCCCCUCCAGCCCCUUGUGCAUCCUGGCAGCCCUCACCACCAACCGCCCACACUGUCACCACCGCCACAGGAAGAAGGAGUGACAGAGAACCUGCCGGCAGAACCCGUCCUUCAGGACAAGCUCUCGUCGCAUUCCCCAGACGCUUCUCAGCAGCCCACUGCGGACCAGUCACUGCCCCCUGCUCACCCUCAUCUCAAGACCCACCUCCAGUUCCUGCCCUAUGACGAGCGGCCUCUUCCCGCUGUCCACAAGCA